CUGUGUGGGUCACCUGGUUUCUGAUCGCCCUAGUUCUGUGUACACAUAAACUGACCUCUUUGGUAAGAAAAAUGCUGCCGAAACCUUCAAUACACAUACCAGGUGUAUGUGCCUUUUUCCUUGUGUGAACCUGUAAGCAAGUUCAAAGAUAAAUGCUUAGGUUAGAGGUAGCCUUCAGCCGUGACAAGCAGCCAGAAACACUUCAUUUGGGUGGCACAUCUCACCCUGCAGCUCAUGACUCGCCACACUUUGACAGUGCCACAAACAGUCCACCUGCUGUCUCCCAUGCCCAGUGCAGAGGCUGCAGGCUUGCGGGUGCUAAACUUCCAGGGCAGCCUAGCUUGGCAUGGACCUGCCACAGCUGGAGGGAGCAAGGCUUCCUUUGCUUAAUGGCUAAUUUUAGUAAUUUUGGUGAGAAAUCUGAUGUUGUGUUAUGCAGGUGGUUCAUUAAGGUAAAAAGCUGGGACAGGGAAUACAAGUAUAGGCUGAGCAGAUGCAGGAAAACAAGUGUUGGUACAGCCAAAUCUGGGUAGAGGGCAAGUACAGAAACACACUGCAUAUACUGCUUGUAUGGAGAGCUAGAAAAGCUAGAUAACUGCAGCAAACACUUUGGUUACAGGUGUAACUAUGCACUUGCUUUCGUCUACCCUGUUUAUUCUGCUGUCUUUGACCAAAACAAAAACUGCUUGAUUUCCCCUGGGGAUAGCUACUUUUCCACGUGCCUUUGUACAUUACCAUCUUCAGUUUUUCUCUCGUCUUUCCUUUAUAAUUCAAUCAAUUCUCAUUCCUUUCACCAUCUAAAAGGCGGGAAGACUAGGUUCUCCCCCAAACUUUCAUUCUUUACUAUCUGCUGCUAUUUUUGCUGACCACCUCCUUCAGACCAGACUGCAGAGAUCUGAAAGCUCAUGUUGAGCCCAGUUACAGUUUUUACAUUGGGAAGUGAAGAACUGGUGGUAUUGUCUGUUCUUCUGUUUCUGUGCUGUUUGUUUUUUUUUCCCCCAAAACUGAAGUCUGUCUUAGCCUAUGGGUUUGUCUAUCUGGGUUCGUUUUUUCUGCUUCCUUGCUUCAGGAAACCCUGUUCUCCUUGGCCUACAGCAAGUUGUUUCUUUUUCUGCUGAGUGAUAUUUUUCCUUUCACAGAGAACUGUCUUCUGUUUAUAAUUGGCAGAAAUGCUGCUCCCAUAUUGGGAACAAGAGGAAUGCUGAUGGGAAGAUAAAUUUGAGCCAGAUGAGCUUUUACCUGUUGAAUUUCCCUAGGAGACAGGUUGCUUUAGCAUUUGCAUAGAGCUGAUUGAUUGAACACUUUUGGACUUCGGCAAGUACAGUAAAUUUGAACAAAUUAAAUUAAAAACAGGCUUUUUUUUUUCCUUGAAAAGCUUCUUUUUCACCAAAAAUCUCUAAAAUUAUUUUUUUGUCAUUGGGGAUUAAAAUUUUCAUUGGGUAAUUUUCUGAUGCUAAUUUUGCAACUGUCACGAAGAAGGAAGGCUGAGGGGAAAGCAUUGUCUUACUUGUUUCUGCUUGUGACUUUGUCUGGCAUCAUGAAGUAUGCAUUUGGGAUGGAGGAGAGGAACAAGUGUGGGUGCACUUCCCCUACAUACGCAUGCACACAUACACACACCCUUCCAAAGAGGAGUCUCCUUCCAGUGUAUGUUCAUUGCUGUGUUGUUAACGAACUGAUGUACCUGCACAGAGCUACUAAGUCUCCUCUUGGCAGAGGUGCAGAUAAAAAGGCCUUCCUUGGGGCAGGGGAAGGUACGUGUAUAUCUUGCAUAUAUUCAUCUCUUCAGUUGUUGUUGUAGGUUCUAAGCAUUGUCUUUCUGCUGACAUCUCACCCUACUUGAAGGAGGAAACAAUUUCGUUCUUCACCAUGACCAGUUCCUGUAACGAUUCUGUAAUCAGGUGUGUGCUGUUCUCUAGCCCUCGUGCUCUGUUGCAGCAGAACACCCAAAAACGGUUUGCAAGAAGCUGAUAAGGGCAAUAAAAACAGUAGUGUCAAAGUGGAUGAAGAACCCUGCUUCUCUCACAAAGAGAACAUUGGUUGUUCAGCAGUUGCAGGAAAAUCUUAGGUGGUGUGAUGUGUACUGGGUUAUUUAGAUGCACUGCCCCAGCUUGGUUUUGAUUUUAUUUCCUUUUGCCAAUAUAGCAUAUGCUACUUUUUCCUGAAAUAAUUUCUCAACCAUUUAUUAACUUUUCUUAUUCACUAUGACUUCAGAUAGCAUUUUUCAAACCUCAACAUAUGGUCAGUCAAAAUCUUUUUCAUAAUUAAUUUCAAUAUUUUGGUGAAUAAAUUUCUUGAUGAAAAUGACCUAUUUAGAACUGCUGCCAUACAAGGGAAAUACAGUGUUUAGAAACUGGGCUCUUUUCUUUUUUUUUCUUUUCUGACACAGAGUUUGAAAGGAAACAAAGGCCUUUUCUUACACUGUAGGUCAGCUGGUUUUCUGUGUACUGCAUGCACAUACAACUGUAGAAAUGCAAAUUUUAAUGAGCUUGGUCCUGAUACGUGGUACUGUGUGAAUAAGAUCAGGCCUUUCAGUUCUAAACCCUUUCUGUGUGUUUGUUUGCUUUCCUUUUAAAAUUUUAUUGAGAAAGUAGGCAUAGCAGAGGUAUGGGAACAGAUGAACUUUAAGGUCCCUUCAAGCCUAAGACAUGCUGUGACUCUGUUUCUCCUAAUGGUUGCUUUUUUGUUGUUGUUUUGCUUGUUUAAAGUCCAAAUGCUCCCAACUUUUAUCAAUCAAGACAUAACAAUGCAAUUACAUAGCUAAGAUUGCGAGAAUUGUUUUCUCUGUAGCAUCUAAACAUCUAGCUGUGCAAAUCUCCCCCAAGCUAGCACUCUUUAUUCUUGGUUCAGGGGGUCAGUGUACUACCAACGUGACAAGGGUUUUACAGUCUUUCACCUCUAGGUCAGCAGUCAGAGCUCUGCCAGGAUCUGCCACGUGCUGUUCCCAUUAAACAGCUCAUUCCCUUCUGAUUCACCAUGCCAGGUGUCUGUACUGUGCAGUAGGUGCAAUCAUAAUCAACAGCCUCAGUAGGCAGCAAAAAGCAGGGAAGUCUGCUCUCUCCUCAUUUCAGACUUUGUCUGAAAGCAGAAGCAUGGAAGGGAUAAGUCAGCAGCUCUCAGAAUCUCACUUCCCCAGAGUAUCUGCUGCACUGUAGUAGGGGAAUCAACUCAUACAUUUAUAUUACUAAGAAAUGUAAAUAUACCAAACGUGGAGUUUUCUUCAUCUGUACAGACAUAAAUGCAUAUAUAUCAAUAACACUUCAGGAGUACUGAAACACAAAAUUUGAGGAAAAUAACUUCAUAAUAGUGUAAAUGGAAGCACCUUGAAAGUUUUUCUACCAAAUGUAAAAUCAUAAUGGCCUUGUCAUGCUUCCUUUAAAGUAACAGCUUUUAUUUUUAGUAAUUUAACUUUGUCUGCUAGAACAUGAAGUUUUUCUUAGAAAUAAAAUGGUAAGAAUGAUGAAUUGCUAGGACAUCUGUGGAAGUAUUGUUUUUUUCCCCAAGAAUAAACAGUUGUUUUAACUGCCAUGUUCCAGUUUAAUUUUGCUGUCUUAGUAAGUUAUACAAAGACACUGUAAGCCUAUUUUAACCAGACUAAUCCCUCCAAUACCAGCUGUAUUCAAGACAAAUGCCAUGACCUACCAGUUUUCAUACAGAACCAUAAGAGCAAUUCUCAAUGAGCUUUUUGAGCUACCCUGUUGAUACGGUGAAGCUAUAUAUGUAUACCAGCAUUUCAAGGCCCUUAGCUUGAAAAUAUGCUACAUAAGCAAGCAGAACUUAACCACAGCUUUGCAUUACCAGGACCGUAUAAGACUGAUUCGUUGUUUUACAUGAUCCCUGCAACUUAUUCUAUGUCGCUGUUUUACUUCCUUCCUUGGUAUAAAAUCUGUGGUGUGAAUUCACGGCCCACUGUGGUGCAGACAUAAAAUUGUACUUUUCCUGUAUUCUGUGCAGUACCAAGAGCCACUCAUGCAUGAACACGUUGGAAAAACUGGCACAGCUAUCCUGAGAAAGACAAACCUCUGCAACACUGAUUUUGAGAAAGUAGCUAUUAAGAUUUUGGACAAGACAAAAUUAGACCAGAAGACUCAACGUUUGCUAUCUCGUGAAAUAUCAAGCAUGGAAAAACUCCACCACCCAAAUAUCAUCAGGCUGUAUGAAGUGGUGGAGACACUCUCAAAACUGCACCUGGUAAUGGAGUAUGCAGGAGGAGGGGAACUCUUCACUAAAAUCACUACAGAAGGAAAGCUAAUAGAAACAGAAUGCAAAAUAAUCUUCUCCCAGAUUGUUUCUGCUGUGAAGCACAUGCAUGAGAAUAAUAUCAUUCAUCGGGACUUGAAAGCAGAAAAUGUUUUCUACAGCAGUAACACCUGCGUUAAGGUGGGAGACUUCGGAUUCAGCACAAUCAGCAAAAGAGAUGAAACUUUAAAUACUUUCUGUGGGUCUCCUCCUUAUGCUGCCCCUGAACUCUUCCGAGAUGAAAACUAUGUUGGCAUUUAUGUAGAUAUCUGGGCACUAGGAAUAUUGUUAUACUUCAUGAUUACGGGGAUCAUGCCAUUUCGGGCAGAUACGGUGGCCAAACUGAAGAAGUGCAUUCUUGAAGGGACGUACAGCUUGCCUCCCUGCCUCUCGGAAGCUUGCCAGAAAUUGAUAAAAGGAGUCCUUCAGCCAGUACCAACAGAACGAUAUUCUGUCAAACUUAUUAUGAACAGUGAGUGGAUGCAGGGGAUACAGUACCCAAAACCUUUACAGCCUUUUAAACUGGAUCCUAAGUAUUUAUCAGAGAUCAACACACUCAAAGAGGAGGAAAUAGAAGUGAAAAACGCUCUGAAAGAUCUGGGAAUCACAGAAGAACACAUUCAAAAUAACCGGGGAAGAGAUGCACGCAGCUCAAUAACAGGUGUCUACAGAAUUGUUUUACACAAAGUACAAAGGAAAAGGGCCCUUGAAUGCAUCCCUAUAAUGUCCCAUCCAGAUCCCAAGGAACAAGACAUAAAGAAAGGAAUCAGCUCUUGUAACGGUGUAAAGCACACAUCCAAGCUGUGUUCUAUUUUGUAAACCACACUGCAAGCUUUAUACUCAGCACACUUAACAAAGGGUUUUAUUCACUUUUCACAGGUUUUGGUGUUGCAUUUUUUCUAAUUUUUAAAUAAACCAAAUUGCCUCAUUUCCUUUA